ACGAUUUGAGAGAAAAGGAGAAAGAAAGGUGACUGCUCAUCGUCCAUAGGGGUUCUUGUUCAGCCGAUUUGGUUUAAUUUCUCGGAGUCUGCUGCUUUCGUCUGGCGGUCUGGUUUGCUUUCUCGUCUAAUUUCUCGAGACCUUGUUUGCCGGUGUUGAUCUCCUGCUCCUGUCCUUCUGCGAACGCUGCCUUCGCCGCCCCUCACCAGUCACCGCGCUCGCCGCCGGCUUGCCCAUCGCCCCGCCUCUACCUCGCUUGCUGGCUCGCUCCGUCGCUCUCGGCACGUCCUGCUGCAGCCGCGACAGCAGCUUUGCCGACUUAUUCUAACGCCACAGCAACAGUCCCUGGCGGUUUCCGGUGAUUCCAGGCGGCAUCCCGGCCUGACUUGACGCCACCGCUUGCUGUUUUGUUUCCUCUGCUACGUUUGAUUUCUUUUCGCAGGUUGCCCAGACCAGACUAGCGUUGAUCGAACUUACACCGUCGCCGCCGAGCAGUGUCCGACCAACAAACCUUCACCGUUGCAUCUUUUGUUCUAGCGAACCUGUCUGCAAUUUGCUGCGUCCUUGCUGAAUCGCCGUCGUUGCUGCUUUGGUCCUGACGUUCCUCCUAGCUGGUCGCCCUAAAGCUCCCUGUUGCCGGUCCCGACUCUUGGAAACAAAUACUUCAAACUAGAAUUUUAGCAAACACGGCUAAGAUGAAAAGAAAAAGGAGCUCUUCUCCGGAGAUUGGAUCCACUAGCAACGGCACAUCAGGAGCUUUGUUCGAUGUGUUCUUGAGCUUUCGAGGACCGGAUACUCAUACUAACUUCACGGAUACCCUCUAUUAUGCCCUAUUAGAUAAGGGUAUCCGUGUUUUCAUAGAUAAAAAGGGGAUCGACGUUGGUGAAGAGAUCGGACAUGAGAUUUUCCAAGCCAUCGAUAAUUCGAAAAUCUGCAUUCCCAUCUUCUCCAAAGGCUAUGCCUCUAGUUGGUGGUGCCUACGCGAGCUGGAACACAUGAUGAAGUGUAAGAAAGACCAUGGACUGGAGGUCAAGCCCAUAUUCUAUGACGUGGAACCUUCUGUUGUGAAGCUUGAACCUGGAGUAUAUAGAGAUGCAUUGAUUCAGCAUGAAGAAGAACGUGGAGCUGAGACUGUGCAGGGCUGGAAGGAGGCCCUCAAGGAAGUUACUGAAAUUGCAGGAUGGGAAACCAAAAACACAGGCCAUGGAGAACUCACACGACAAAUAGCUCUUGAAGUUUUUGGUAAGCUUGACGUGUCUCCAGUACAUCUCCUUGAUUCUUUAGUUGGGAUCGACAAAUCAGUGGAUAAAGUUAUAGAUUUGUUGAGUGUUGAAUCUAAGGAGAUAAGACUCAUUGGAAUAUGUGGUAUGGGUGGGAUAGGCAAGACCACUCUUGCGAAGAUCAUUUACAAGAAUUUGUCAGCUCGUUUUCAAAGUAGUAGCUUUAUCCACGAUAUUCGACAAGCAUCAGAAAGUUCGAGUUUUGGUCUUCUAGGUGUGCAAAGGAAACUAGUGUGUGAUAUCCUUGGGGAACAGAAAAUUGAGAUUCCCAGCAUUGAUGAAGGGAAAAAUGUGAUCAAAAAAUACUUUAGUGAAAAGAAAGUUCUUAUUAUCCUUGAUGAUGUAAAUGAUGGGGAACAACUAAGAGCAUUAGCAGCAGAGAGGAAAUGGUUUGGUUCAGGAAGUAGAAUUCUGAUUACAACGAGAAAUAAAGAUGUUUUGUCUAAAUUUUAGAAUAGUUUGAUUCAUGAAGUGGAAGGGCUGAAUAGCCAAGAAUCUUUAGAACUGUUCAUCAAGCAUGCAUUUGGAAGCAUCUUUCCUCCAAGUGACUUUCUCAAACUAUCUAGAAAAGCUAUUGCAAGAGCCGAGGGCCUUCCUUUAACUAUUGAAGUGAUCGGUUCAUUGUUACGUGGAAAAGAAGAGGCAGCGUGGCAAGAUAUUUUAAGAAAGAUGGAAAUAUAUCCUUGUGAGGAUGUGCUGAAACAUUUAAGGUUAAGUUAUGAGGCUUUAGAUGUCACGGAAAAGGACAUCUUUCUUGAUGUUGCCUGCUUCCUAGCUGGAAAAAAUAAGAGAGAUGCAACUUAUAUGUGGGAUGACUGUCGAUUGUUUCCAGAACAGGGAAUCCAAGUCCUACUUUCAAGGUCCUUAGUAAAAAUUAGAGAGGAGAAUGAGUUAUGGAUGCAUGACCAGCUUAAAGACCUAGUUAGGAGUAUUGUACUUGCUGAAAAUUACAAAAAUUCAGGAAAGCGUUCGCGAGUGUGGAAUCCUAAAGAUGCGUUGGACAUGAUCACCAGAGAGAAGGGAACUGAAACUGUUGAGGCGAUUUGUGUGGAUUUUGAUGGGAUUUCUUUGACGUCGAAAGAGUUUAAGAAAUUGCCAAAUAUAAGAUAUCUUGAAAUGAGGAGCGGAAAUCUCUCCGGAGACUUUAAGGACGUUUUUCCAGAACUAAGAUGGCUUUCUUGGAAGAAUUGUCCCUCAAUUUCGCAAGUAACCCACUUUUUUCCUAAAGAACUACUC